AUGCCAGAGACGUCAGGACGGCCGCUGCUGCCUCAGACGGCUCAGAUGCAGAGCUUCACCUUCGCGCCGCCCACGCUGGCGCCCCGUGAGAACCAACGCAACUAUGUCUUCGUCGACGAGCACAACAGACACAAACGCCUCAAAGUGAUGAGAGCAUGUGAAGGUUGUCGCAGGCGUAAGAUCAAAUGCGACGCCGCAACAACUAACGCCUGGCCGUGUGCCGCGUGCAUUCGUCUGAAGCUCAAUUGUGUCCCACCCACUGUCAGCUACGACAAAGACUUUAAUGGAAACUCGCAAACCUUUGAACUGGAACCGAGGCCCGAGGAGUAUGCGCAGCCAGGCGCAUCUUCCCAACACGACUACCCGCGUCAUCCGUCCAUGCCGCACAUCAUGCCUCACCAAAUGCCCCCAAACCUGCCAACACCCGUCUCUGCCAUGUACCAGUCUUCGCCCUAUUCGGACCCACAAGCCCAGGACGCCAUGCACUACCCCUCCAUGUCUCAACCGCAGCAGAACAUGAGCUACCCACCCCAGCAGGCUUACUCUCAACCUUCAGCAGCACCUCCAGCGAUGGUCAUGACUCCGCCUGAAUCCGAGCCCCACUGGAGGAGCGAGUCCAUCUCCAGCCUCACAGAUGUUUUGGGCGAGCUCAAGAUCGACCACACCGCAAUCGCGCCUUACAUCACCAAUCAAAAGAAGGCACUGGCAGAAACACCUGCGCAAGAGGAGUACGAGGUGCAGCUACCGGCGUCCGUCAGCUUGGACCACAUUGUUCGCAUCCCACCAGAGAUGAUGCCUUCGGAGGAGCAAGCGCUGCAGUACUUCGACUAUUUCUUCACCAACAUCCAUCCUUACGUCCCGGUUGUCAACAAGUCCUACUUUUAUCAGCAAUGGCAGAGCGCACGCGACUCUAUUUCUCCACUCAUGCUCGAGGCCAUCUUUGCGUGCUCGACUAUGAUGCUCGGCGAUGUUGACGAGGGCAACAAGUGGUUGGCUCUUGCGUCCAAACACGAAGAGAGCUUCAAGGACGUUUCCCGGCUGAGCACGAUGCAAGGCAUGGUCCUUUUACUCAAGGCACGUGAGGGCUCGCCGAAGCGCGGUUAUUUCUGGCGUUCCUGGAUGGCAGUCGUUAGCCUUACGGCCAUGGCAAAAGAUCUGGAGUUGCACGAACACUAUGACACGCACCAAAUGGGCAAAUCGUGCGGAUCCACGGCUCACGACUGCGUUGCCAAGACAAGGGUUUGGCAGAUGUGUCUUGUGUACGAAGCUAUGAUCGGUGGUCCUCAAGGACGCUAUGACUACAGCGUUGAUCUAGACACCGUGGAUUUCGAGAUGCCAAGACCAACGCCUGGUCAGGAUCCCACAGAAUACCAGAUAGCUCGGCAGUUUACCCUGUACAUUCGAGUCGCAAAGAACGUGUACCUGUCAGCCUUGAUGUACGGAAAGCUGCGGAAGAAGACGGCAGACUGGGCCCUGGAGCCGGCAUUCGUUGCUCACAACGCGGAUUUUUCUCUCUGGCAGCGUGAACUGCCCGAAGACCUCCAGAUCUCCUACCCACCGGACAACUCAGCGCCUUGGAUUCCAUCGCACUAUCUGGCAAAUUUGCACAGUUAUCAGGCUCUGGCGAUUGUUAUGCAUUUCAGGCCUCAAGUCAAUGCAGUCUCUGAAUCGUAUGACGGCAUCUGGAAGCAGCAUAUGAUGACAUGCUACUCGGCCGCAAAGACCAUGUGCAAGCUACAAGAAGCGAUCCUGAAGACAUACGGCAUGCCUGGUUUACUGUGCAUGCUGCGAGGCAUGAGUUUCACAAUCUACUCAGUCCUUACCUGCACUAUGCUUCAUCUCGUCGCCAUUACUUGCCCCGACCCAGACAUUAAUCGAGACGCUCGAGACUUCUUCGUAAGGCAUAUGCGAGUUCUAGAGGCUUGUGCUCCGUCCUGGCCGAUGCCCGAGAUGCAAGCGCAGGUAAACAGCCUGCGUCAAGCUUUUUCGGCGGACGUCACAAAAUCGUUCGAGCUCAAAGCCACAUUCCCGUUCGGAAGCCCACAGGUGGCCCCCCAGUCAAGCCCUCUAAGCAACCAAGGCUCUUACCGACCUCGUCACCCGAGUCAUCCUUCGCCCUUGGAACAACCAGGUCAGAUCAACUACCAUGCCCAUCCCAUCACUCCACCGGUAUCGGCAGCCGACCUCGGUUCAAAGACUGACUCUCCUGUAGCCCAGUCUCUGGUCAUGAUGGCGUCUGGUCAGCGUGCGCCUCAAGCAGGUGCGGGUAUGCAGAUGCAGGAGAACGUGCAGUGGAAUCCGCAACGCAUUUUUGAUCAGUGGAACGUAGCCUUCGGCACGAACUACGACAUGCGUCCCCAGGACAGCAAUCCGCCAAACUACCAGCUACCGAACGUUUCGCCACAACAAAGCGGCAUCCAAGGAGCUCCGGGUCAACUGCCUCCAUCCUCCAGUUACCCUGGUGCGAAUCCGACCUACGUCACCCCAACCAUGUGGCAAGAUGUAGUUGCCAGUUCCUUCCAGGAUGGGCUGAAGCGAAGAUGGGACCAAGGCAGCUCCUCCAUGGUCGAUCAAUCCAUGUACAAACGGACACGAUGA